GCCCGUAUCAGCCUAUGCGCUCUUCUUCCGCGACACUCAAGCGGCCAUCAAGGGCCAGAACCCGAACGCCAGCUUUGGCGAAGUUUCGAAAAUUGUCGCCGCCAUGUGGGACGCGCUGGACUCCGAACAUAAAAAUGUGUACAAGAAGAAAACCGAGGCGGCCAAAAAGGAGUAUCUGAAGGCGUUGGCGGCCUACAGGGCCAGUCUGGUGUCGAAAGGGGCGGGCGACGGCGACGGCGGCCCCCUCUAUGGAAACUACGGCAACUAUGCAGCCGGCCCGCCCGGUGGCUCCCCCUAUGGCGGCUACCAGCCCCAAGGCGCCAUUCCGUCGCCCCCGAUCUCGUCGGGCGGCCACACCCCGCCCUCGCAGUCCCCGAUCAAUAAGAAGCCGCCUUCGAUGAUGGGCGGCAUGGGCGGGGCCUCGCCCGCCCAUCCGGGCAUGAUGCCGUCGCCCAUGGGCGGCCACAUGACGAUGCAGCAGCACAUGCAGCAGCAACAGCAGCAGCACAGUAGUUAUAUGCAACAGCAGCAGCAGCAGCAGGCGCAGCAGCAGGCGCAGCAGCAGCAGCAACAACAGCACAUGCCGCUCAGCCCCCAUCAAGUGCCGGUGUCCCCCCACAAUGCGCACAUGCAGCAACAGCAGCCCCAACAGCACAUGAGCCCCCCACCAAUGGGGGGAUCGAGCUCCCCGCCCGUUUCACAGGCUGGCGGUCCGCCAUCAGCGCCCCCUACACAGCAGCCGCAACAACAGACCAUCGGCCAGGGCGGCAUGAGGUCGCAGCCGAACUCCUGCAUGCGUCACGGAUGCACCAAUCGGGCCGUCAGCAGUCCGGAGUGGGAGGAAGAGUACUGCAGUAACGAAUGUGUCAUCAGCCAUUGCCAGGACGUGUUCGCGGGCUGGGUGGACGAUAACAAGAACCAGCAACAGAACUUCUCGACAGUGAAAUAAAAUGUCGCCGUUACGUUAAACAAAUAAUAAAUAGCAAUACACAGACACACACACACACAUUACCCGAAUAAUUAAGA